CAAACCAACAGCAAUAACUGUGUCACACUCCCCAUACAAAUUAUGACAACAACCCAUCAUUCCCACGCUAUGUAACUCGCAUCCUAUGACCCCCCACCCACCCACCACUCCUAAAUGCUCUGUCAUUCACUACCAACCAUUUGCUUCUAAAACCAAAGUGCUUAAUUAAGAGAGCAGGAACAAUGGCACUUGCUAAUGAGAAAUCUGUGUCUGAUGGCAAGAUUUGGGGUCUUUGUAAACUUCCAUUUUGGCAUUCAAAUAGCAGCUCAGUCGCUGCUUCCUCUUCUUCUGUUGCUUCUUCUUCUUCUUCUUUUAGGCAACAACAACAACAGCAUCUCAAUGGCAUGUCUGUGGAUCAUCAUUCUAAUGUUCAUGCUUCCCUUAAGGUUUCUUCUGUUGCCAAAUCCUUACUUCCAACUCGUCGCAGACUCAGUCUUGAUCCACAAAACAAGCUCUAUUUUCCAUAUGAGCCUGGCAAACAAGUCAAGAGUGCUAUUAGAAUUAAGAACAUUAGCAAGAAUCCUGUAGCCUUCAAGUUUCAAACAACUGGGCCGAAAAGUUGUUAUAUGCGGCCGCCAGGAGGUACUCUUGCUCCUGAUGAAAGCCUUAUUGCAACUGUUUUCAAAUUCGUUGAGCCACCUGAUAAUAACGAGAAACAAGUUGGAAAGAAGAGCAGGGUCAAGUUCAAGGUUAUGAGCUUAAAAGUAAAAGAGGACGUGGAUUAUGUGCCAGAGCUGUUUGAUGAACGGAAGGAUGACGUGGCAGUUGAACAAGUACUGGGUGUUGUUUUCCUUGAUGCUGAACGCCCUUGUCCUGCACUCGAGAAACUUAACCGCCAGUUAGCUGAAGCUGAGGCUGAGGUCGAGGCACGCAAAAGGCCUCCAGAAGAUACAGGUCCAAAGAUUGUUGGAGAAGGUCUUGUUAUAGACGAAUGGAAUCUUCUUUCUGAUGCUCUUUGA